AUGUUGCGGGCUCUCGAGUACGGUCUAGAGAACCCCUCCGAUGUUGAGUCCCCAUUCACCAACGUCCCAGUCGACGAGACGAUAGGGAUCAUCAUGGAGCUAGUAUAUAGGAAUCCCGAAAUGAGACCCCCGAACAUCCCAGAAGACUCGUUAAGAACCCUGCUGGAUAUUUGUACGAAGAGAGCCCCUUUCACCAUCCACCGAGGACAGAUGUACCGCCAAAAGGACGGAGUAGCGAUGGGGUCUCCCUUAGGAGUACUCUUCGCUAACUUCUACAUGGGAGAAGUGGAAGAAAGGGUCUUCUCGCAAUAUAGAUGGCCCCGCACAUAUAGACACUACAUCGAUGACAUCUUCGUGCAAGCCGACUCCGAGGAUGAGGUAGAAGCCCUUCGACAGCAGUUCAUGCAUCACAGAGCACUCAACUUCACCGUCGAGUACAGCAGCAACGAUCGGCUCCCCUUCCUUGACGUCCUUGUCACGAAGACGAACCAGAAGCUACGAACCUUGGACUUUGUCUAA